CUGAGCAUUACUGCUUCAAAUGAAAUGUGGAAUUGUUUACAGAAACAUAUUCAAAAAUCAUAGUUGAAAUCUUAAAGAAUCAGCCAAGGGCCACAUGACCCCACCAAACUGCGAGCAACCCUGCUUGUGACAUUAUUCUGAGCUCAGACAUGUCUCUUCUAUAUGCCACACAUCCAUGCCUGUCAGGAUAAUACUUGGUGCUUCUCAGGGGGUGGGGGAAUGCAAAGAGUGGUUUGUUGGAUACAGAUUAGCCUGCCACUGAGUGGCCCUUUCCAGCGGAGGAGAUGUCUGAAGGCCACUUGGGGAUCAACACCGAAUAUGGUGACUGGGAAUGGAGUGCAGAUGCUGGCGAGAGGGCCCGGCUGCUGCAGAGCCCCAAUGUGGAGACGGGGCCCAAGAGCAACGAGGAACGAGGACCUGCUGCGACAUCAAAGCUGGGAGCUGUCUUCAUUGUUGUGAACGCAGCCCUGGGUGCCGGCCUCCUGAACUUCCCAGCAGCCUUCAGCAUGGCGGGCGGAGUGGCUGCAGGAAUCACGUUGCAGAUGUGCAUGCUGGUUUUCAUCAUUGGCGGCCUCGUCAUCCUGGCCUACUGCUCCCAGGCUAGCAAUGAGCGCACCUACCAGGAGGUGGUGUGGGCCGUGUGUGGCAAAGUCACCGGGGUGCUGUGCGAGGUGGCCAUUGCUGUCUACACCUUUGGCACCUGCAUUGCCUUCCUUAUCAUAAUUGGAGAUCAGCAGGACAAGAUAAUUGCAGCAUUAAUGAAGGACUCCACAGGGGCAGAGAGCGGCCACUGGUACACAGACCGCAAGUUCACCAUCAGCAUCACAGCCUUCUUGCUCAUCCUUCCCCUCUCAGUGCCGAAGGAGAUCGGUUUCCAGAAAUACGCCAGCUGCUUGAGUGUUGUCGGGACCUGGUAUGUCACAGCCAUCAUAAUUAUCAAAUAUAUUUGGCCUGAUGAGAACAUCCCAGAGGAAAUUACAACAAGCCCCUCCUCUUGGAUGUCUGUCUUCAAUGCCAUGCCCACCAUUUGCUUUGGCUUCCAGUGCCACGUCAGUAGCGUGCCCGUCUUCCACAGCAUGAAGCAACCAGAGGUGAAGCCAUGGGGAGCCGUUGUGACAGCAGCCAUGGUCAUCGCUCUUUUUGUCUACACAGGCACAGGAGUCUGUGGAUACUUGACGUUUGGGUCCAGUGUGGAGCAGGAUGUGCUCAUGUCCUACCCCUCCAACGACAUCCCAGUCGCCAUUGCCCGGGUUUCCAUCAUUGUCUGCGUUCUCACUUCCUACCCGAUCCUGCAUUUCUGUGGCCGGGCUGUGCUGGAAGGCCUCUGGCUGCGCUACAAGGGGGAGGCGGUUGAAGAAGAUGUUGUGCGGGAGAGGAGGCGACGCCUCUUGCAGACGGUCAGCUGGUUCCUCCUCACCCUCCUCCUGGCCUUGUUCAUUCCUGACAUUGGCAAAGUCAUCUCUCUCAUUGGGGGCCUGGCUGCCUGCUUCAUCUUUGUUUUCCCAGGACUCUGCCUCAUCCACACCAAGCUCUCUGAAAUACAAGAGGCCAGACCAGCCGGCUGGUGGGCGAUGGUGAGCUACGGCGUCUUCAUGGUUAUCCUUGGAGCGUUUAUCUUUGGACAGACAACUACCAACGCUAUCUUUAUGGAUCUCAAGAAUUGAUUCCUACAACUGCCCUCGGAGGGUGCCUUUCCUCCUCUGGAUUCUUGAAUUCCAGUUUUUGGGGGUGUCUCAUGUCAGCAGGAGGCGACCGUUCCCUCCACUCUCCCCCUGGUGAUUCUGCUACUCCUGUUUUAUUUUGCUGGGAGCCUCUUCCGAGACUUUGAUUUCCAUCUUCUUUCCCACUUGCUUCUUGAUAGACCAGUCAAGUCCCCACAGGGCCACUUGCUGUGCAUGCAGCUUCACACUCUGAACGCAAACUGGAUUCCUCUUUGCCUUUUGGGACAUCACUCUCAAAAAAGACUCUCCUUUUGCCCUUGCCUUCCACAAACUUGUGUAAGAGGACCCAGGCCAUUCACUACACAACUUCUGCUCUAAAUUUAUGUGCCCGGGGGGCUCAUCUUUGUAUCAUGACCAGUGAUGUAGCAAAGGUCAUGUGGUUGAUAAUGACAUGACUGCACAGUGUAAACUACAGCUUAAUUACUUUAAGGCAGCCUUCCCCAUGACCUCAAACUGGUUUGGAUGACAACUCCCAUCAGCCCCAGCUAGUACGGCCAUAUGAUGUUGAGACUGAUGGGAGUUUCCAUCUGAAACAUUUGGUAGGCACCCUGUUGGUGAAGGCUGGCCUGUGGACUUGGUGCUUAUUGUGGAAGUUAUUUGUUUUUAUAUUGUUUGCUAUCCUUUUACUUUUUAUAUUUGAAAAUGAAAACUGAGGGGAAAGAUCCUUCAGUUUUAGAUACACGUACGUUGGAAAAGGGAAUAUUUGACUACAUUUGAGGGCAUUUCCUUGGCAUGAAAUUCACACAGGUCCUUCCUUCCUGUCACCUGGCUACUUCCUUCCCCUCCUUUCUGGUGAGAUUCACCAGAUUCAGAUGCCACAUG